UUUGGGCGGCAGGAAGAGGAGCGGCCGCCAUCUUGUUUGUUUGAGUGGCUCAGAGGCAAAAGGGGGGUGGGGGAAUCCGCGGGCGGGCGGUAGCGGCCUCGGCGGUUCUCCGAGGCGCUUGGAGCCCGGUCCCUCAGGCAGCUACGCAGGACUCGAGGUUCUGCAUAGAGUGUUGGCACAAUGUUUUAUGCUCACUUUGUCCUGAGCAAACGAGGGCCGCUAGCUAAAAUAUGGCUGGCGGCCCAUUGGGACAAAAAGCUAACCAAAGCCCAUGUGUUUGAAUGCAAUUUGGAAAGUAGCGUAGAGAGCAUCAUCUCACCUAAGGUGAAGAUGGCACUUCGAACUUCAGGACACCUUUUAUUGGGAGUUGUUAGAAUCUAUCACAGGAAAGCUAAAUACCUCCUUGCAGAUUGUAAUGAGGCAUUCAUUAAAAUAAAGAUGGCUUUUCGUCCAGGUGUGGUUGAUUUGCCUGAGGAAAAUAGAGAAGCUGCUUACAACGCUAUCACUUUGCCUGAAGAAUUUCAUGAUUUUGAUCAACCAUUGCCAGAUUUAGAUGAUAUUGAUGUGGCUCAACAAUUUAGUUUGAAUCAAAGCAGAGUGGAAGAAAUUACAAUGCGAGAAGAAGUGGGAAACAUCAGUAUUCUUCAGGAAAAUGACUUUGGAGACUUUGGCAUGGAUGAUCGUGAAAUGAUGAGAGAAGGUAGUGCUUUUCCAGAUGACAUGCUGGUAAGCUCUAGUACUUCAAACCUUCUGCUGGAGCCAGAGCAGAGCACCAGUCAUCUUAAUGAGAAAUCUAAUCACUUGGAAUAUGAAGACCAAUACAAGGAUGAUUUUGGAGAGGGAAAUGAUGGUGGAAUCCUGGUUGACAAACUUCUCAGCAACACUGAAGAAGGAAUAUUUGAUGACCCACCUGCGCUUUCAGAAGUGGGAGUAAUGUUGCCGGAGCAACCUCCCCAUGAUGAUAUGGAUGAUGAUGAUAAUGCCUCAAUGGGAGGGCCAGAUAGCCCAGACUCUGCAGAUCCAGUGGAACCCUUGCCAACCAUGACUGAUCAGACGACACUGGUUCCGAAUGAAGAAGAAGCAUUUGCUUUAGAGCCCAUUGAUAUCACUGUUAAAGAAACCAAAGCAAAGAGGAAGAGAAAGCUGAUUGUAGACAGUGUGAAAGAAUUGGACAGCAAGACCAUCAGAGCCCAACUAAGUGAUUAUUCUGACAUUGUCACCACACUGGAUUUGGCACCUCCUACUAAGAAAUUAAUGAUGUGGAAAGAGACUGGAGGUGUUGAAAAACUUUUCUCUCUUCCUGCUCAACCUCUUUGGAAUAACAGGCUGCUGAAGCUUUUUACUCGCUGUCUUACACCUCUUGUACCAGAAGAUCUUAGAAAGAGGAGGAAAGGUGGGGAAGCUGAUAAUCUGGAUGAGUUCCUUAAAGAUUUUGAGAAUCCAGAAGUACCUCGAGAAGACCAGCAACGCAAUGUUAUUGAUGAACCCAUUUUAGAAGAGCCGAGUCGCCUGCAGGAAUCCAUGAUGGAAGGCAGUAGGACCAAUUUAGAUGAAUCAGUCAUGCCACCACCUCCACCUCAGACAGGUGUAAAGCGAAAGGCUGUACAAGUGGAACCAGAACCUGUGCUCCCUCCCCAACCAUUACAACAGAUAGAAAUGCCCCCAGUGGAAUUGCCUCCUGAAGAACCUCAGAAUAUAUGUCAACUAAUUCCAGAACUAGAGCUUUUGCCUGAAAAAGAAAAAGAAAAAGACAAGGAAAAGGAGGAGGAAGAGGAGGAGGAGGAAGAAGAUGGUACUGGAGGUGACCAGGAUCAGGAGGAACGACGAUGGAACAAGAGAACACAACAGAUGCUUCAUGGUCUUCAGAGAGCCCUUGCCAAGACUGGAGCAAAAUCUAUUAGUUUGCUUGAGUUGUGUCGGAAUACAAACCGCAAACAAGCAGCAGCAAAAUUCUACAGUUUUUUGGUACUGAAAAAGCAACAAGCUAUCGAGCUGACACAGGAAGAGCCAUAUAGUGAUAUCAUUGCAACUCCUGGUCCCAGAUUCCAUAUUAUUUGAAUGGUUGGCUUACUGUAUAGUUAGCAUCAUUAGUGCUCACACAUUGUCCCAUGUGCAGGGCCCAUAAGGGAAGAAAUUUAGGUUUCAUUGUCAAUGUACAGUAAUCGAUUUUUUGUGUCUGGGGCGGGGUUUCUAUUAUCUUUUACCACUUUUGCAUUUCUAGUAACCUUUUUGCACUGGAUGACUUGAAUUCCAGUCGCAGAGAUGAGAAAGUACUCAAGGAUCUUCAUGAAGAGUUUUUUUUAAAAAAAAACCCAAUUCAAAGCAGAUUUGUGCAAUAAUGGUGCAUCUAACUAUGACUAAUGAUUUUUUUCAAUAUCUUAAUAAACCAAGAUAUUAUUUUAAUCAACUCCAGAAGACCCAAUAAUGGCCAACUUUUUAUUUCAUGAUUGAUUUGCCAAAUAGACCUAACAUUCUGAGCUUUCUUCCUUGUAUGAGUUAUUUUUGCCUGCCCGCUGUUUGCAUCAGUGUUGGUCAUCUUCCUACUACCAAAUGGUGCUUUUUGGAUCUGCCAUGGUGAAUGCCAGUGCCUGGUAGGCAGGAGUCCUUGCUGUGCCAUGUUUUCUAUAGAAUAAUUGAAGCAGCUCUAGGACUUAAGUGCAAAUGGGAACCCAUAAGGAAAAAAAGUGGUGGUGUUUUUUUAAAAAUUGGGGCUUGCUCCAUGUGCAAAAGAUUUCUGGUGGUAGACGUUACAUUCCUUUUCAGAGUGGUCCACCUCUGGCAUCAGGUAGCUAUGAGGGCAGGCUAGUUUGAUUAAGCUUUUCCUCAUUUGAGAUUAAACCUCUUCAGGCGUUUACCUUUCUUAGGGGAUUGUAUGUACAUGAAAUGUCAUACAUUUAGAUUAUAAGUAAUUUGGUUUUUGGAAGCUAAUAACUAGGUGGGUCUCGAGUUUGAGCAAGAUAAAUUUGUAUAAAUUAACUAAUAAUUAUGUGGGAGAGCAUUGGCCCUAAAAAUACAACAGGCUUCAGAUGUAUAUUUUAGAAGCAGGUAAACUUGCAUUUAUUAAAAGUAAUCUUGUUGCGUAAUAAGUAUUAAUAGACCUGGCUACCUUUACAGCUUUUGUAAUGGGGUGUUUUCCAAUAAUGGACACUGAAUAGCUUUUAAAACAACCUCCCCACCCCCGUUUGGUUUUUUACUAUUUUUUUAAAAAUAAAGACUUUAUUAUUAUUAUUACUAGAAUCAGGCCAAACCAGAAAUCAUGUGAAUGUGAAUGGAUAGAUGUUAACAUUUCUUAGCAAAAUUGAAAAAAAAAAUAUUAAAGGUUCUGAUUUUAAAUGUUGGCACUUUGUGAAAUGAUUAAACGUUUGGGACUGAGAUUCAUUAUAUGCCCAAGUGUAAAAUUAUGUGAAUGUUUUAAAAUUUGCGAUGUUUUAAUAACCCUUGAGAAAAGAUAAUUGUAUAAAAUAGCUACUGCAACUUUAUUUUUGACAUGAUGUGCCUGUACAACCAUUAUUUUCUCCCUUUGUACAAAGAAACAUUGUAGAUAACUUGAAUGUUUGAUUAUAGAGAAGGUCAUUAGUUUCUUGUUAAAGAUUGUUAGUUCAUUUUUGUUGCUUUUCAAGGUUAAUAUUCUUGAAAAUAGUUGCUGUUAUGUAUAACUUUUCUAAUAAAAAUUGUGUUAAGCCAUUA